GGCGCCCUGGCCGCGUUAAUGAGUGCCAGGUGUGGGGGUCAGCGACCUCCUCCUCCCGCCCCCCAAGUGGCCCUUCUUCGCCCCACGGAUCCCGGGCCAGGAGGAUGUGGGGGGGCCUCUGCUGGGUCGUGGCCGCCUUGCAGGUGGGAGUCGGACUGGGGGCCGCCUGGGGGCCGCGGGCAGAGCCCAGUACAGCCAACUGGUCAGCAGGAUCGGACCCCCCCAGCCCCAGCCCUCCGACAUGGACCACACCACUCCCCGGGUCAACGGCCAGCAGUGGGGCUGGUGCCCCAGGAGAGCAGGAGCCCCCCACCUGCAGGGGAGAGGAGGAUUGCCCCCCUUGGAGCAGCUGCGAGGAGCAGGCCGGGCGCAACUUCUGCCGCUGUGGGCUGGGCUACCACCUCAGCCCCACCCUGGGCUGUGUGCCAGGCCUUCCCCGGCCGGCUCUCGCUGUGGGAUCCGGGAAGCCCCGACUGGUCUCAGCUGCCGUGGGUCACCCUCCAGAUCCAGAGCUCGUUCCAGCACAUCCUGGGGCACCUCGAUGGCUACCUGGGCUCUUCUGCCCGAGACCUGAAGUGGCCCAGCUCAGAAGUGACCCUAUUCCACCAUUUCUCCGCUCGGGCGCCAGUCACCAGCCGGCAGGUGGCAGAGGCCGUGGCCACGUUCUGGGCGCAGUGCCACGAGAGCAGCCACGUGGGGGACCCUGCAUGCACUCUCCUGCGCCAGACAGGCCCCUACCAGAACCUGAGUCUCUGCCUCUUUGACGUCUGCGAGGCCCUCUCCACCAGCUGCUCCUUCCAAGACGGCCUCGUCCGAUGCAGCUGCCGGCCCGGCCACUUCCAGGCGCACCCAGCCGAUCGCACCUGCACAGAAUGCGGCAGUGGAUUUUGGCUGCAGAACGGCACCUGCACCAGGUGUCCGUUUGGGUUCGGUGGUGCUGGCUGCCAGGAGCCCUUCCUGCUGGCCUUGGUGGUCGUCUCUGGCCUUGCUGGUCUCCUGCUGCUGCUGCUCAUCGCUGGGUCUCUUUCCAGAAGAGCCCGGCCCCCCAAGGAGGACCUCAAGGAGACCCCCGACGCCCCCCAGCUUCCCCUGCACGCCUCCUCCACCUUGAGCCUGCCCCGCGUGAGGCCUCCGUGGACCCUGGAGGAGGCCGAGAUGAGGAGAGGGGACCGACUGUCCCUCUGGGGCCCGGACGUGGGGCAGCGCCCUGCAAAUGCCCCCCGGCUGAAGACAUUCCUGGGGUCCUCCAGCUCCCCACCCUCCCCCCCACAGCCGCUGGGCGGCUGCCACAACCUCAUCUUUGUCAGCGACGCCACCGAGGAGAAGGAGAGGAGGAGCUAUUUCUGAAGAAGGAGGUGGGGUCCCCUCUCUGUCCCCCAGCAACCUGCUCCUGGAUCUUCCCUUCCAUGGUGUCUCCACAGCUCAAGGAAAAUCCCUG